GAUCAAAAGCUUCCUCCUAAAUGUCAAUGGAGGUCUUCAAGUAGGUCUUGUCACUGUGACUGGAGACAUUCACCGUCAACAAAAAGUCGUCGAGUCUUCCUUCUGUCUCCUCAUCUGCGCCUUCGAGGAAGGUGGACUCCAGGGAGGUUGGAUUUUUCUCAUUGGCGAGGAUGUUGACGGGCUGAUGUCGUGCACGGAGAGUUUAGGGUUUGAGAGUUGAAAUUGAUGAUCAGCUACUUUGCUGUUCCAAAACGAUGUCGUCUUCUUCUAAUUAUUCUUCUUUGGCGCUCAAAUGGAGGAGGAGGAGGAGGAGGUUGUUGGAGAGGAAGAGAGAGCAAAAGAAGUUUCCACCGCCACUUUCGUCCUUAUGUGAAAACGGACAGCCGAGUUUCUUCCUCCGGCCGGUGAGGAAGGAUGGGAGGUUAGAGUUAACUGAGGUUAGGAUUGAUAGGCCUAGUGUUUUCCAUGCUUAUAGAGAAGAUGGACGGUUGAGAUUGCAUAUUGUUAGCGACAUUAAUAUUCAUGAUGACGAUGUUGAAGAGGAGGAGGAGAUGAUGGAGGAGGAGGAGGAGGAGGAGGUGAAGGAGGAGGAGCAAGUCGUUGGUGGUGGGGAAUGGAGGUUUGAAGGGUUUAGGAGGUGUCAUCAGAACCCUCAGUCAUCAACACCACCACCAUAAUUUGUUGGGUGAGGUAGGUUAGUUAGCAGCUUUGUCACGUGGAGCUUGAAAAUCAUGGCGUGUGUGUAUGUAUCUAUGUAUGUGUUUCUCAUUGUUUUCCCUAAAUAUAGAGAUAAGUAUCAUAAAAGUCCAUAUAUUUUGUAAAACAAUUCGAGUGAGCCCUUUCAUUUUUUC